UGGACACCUGAAGGCAAGCAAAAAUGAGGCCACCCAAAAACAACAUGUUAGAAAUGAAACUACUGUAAAUCAAAGAAGACAUGAAGGUGCAGAAAAUACUCAUCUUUCUGUUUCAUUUGAAUGCUGUAGUUUCAGGUCUUGAAGAGGUAACCGGGCAAUUAUCCGAAGAUUUUAUCCUUCCUUGCUCUUUUGCACCUGCAAAAGGUGAAGUAAUUUACUGGAAGAAAGGGAACAAAAAUGUGCACAGCUACUACUACGAGAAGGAUCAGCUAGAACGUCAAGACUCUGAGUACAAGGGGAGAACAUCCCUUUUUCAUGAGCAAAUUCCCACUGGAAAUGCCUCCUUGAAACUGAGUAACCUGAGCCUGAGUGAUGCGGGCUCCUACAGCUGCUAUGUGGGGACAAAUCAAGAUAAAACAGAAGUGGAAGUCAGGCUUAACAUAACAGUUUCCCCCUCUUAUGCAAUGGAAUAUGAAAAACGAAACACAGAGAGAUGGUUGAAAUGUCUUGCCUUUCGUAUUUAUCCUGAGCCAAACAUAUCAUGGGUAUAUAACAGUACAUCUAUGCAAAAUACAAAAAUAGAAGUAACCCAGGACCGCCGUCUCUAUUCAGUUAGAAGUGAGCAGAACAUUACAAACAAAGUUUCUUCUUACCAGUGUCACGUUCAGUUUCACAACGAAAAUUGGAUUGCUGAAUGGAAAAUGGAAGAACCGUUUUUUAAAAAGGAAGGAGAUACCGUUUCAAUUCCAUGUGAAUUUAUGGCUGAAGGGUCUCCAUAUACUAAAGACGUCAUAGUUACUUGGACAAUAAUCAGAAAUGCAUCUACCUUGGUUCUGGCAUCCUCCGACAACCCAUCACAAACCCCUGAACAGUUUAAAACUCGAUUCUCUUGGGAGAAAAUCAAUGAACAGAACUACUCAGUAAUCUUAAGGGAUCUUACUCUGGCAGACAGUGGAGAAUACAUGUGCAAUAUUUCAACACCACACUAUACACAACUCACUGUAAGAAUUUUGCACGUUGAGGAAAAAUCCUCACAUUACCAUUGGAUAGCUAUAAUGCUGCUGAUCCCCAUCAUUGCCUUUAUUGUAUGGUGUGCUGUGAAGCAGGUCUGCAGCCAGCCUCAUCUCCGCACCAGCACCUCACCCAACCCAGCCCUCAUACUGGAGGAAGGAGUCACACUCACAGGGGAGAAGACUGAUGGUAAUUUAGAAAAAUAAAGAAAGAGCAAAGAUUAAAUGGCUGCAUGUGGACAGUUUACAAUAUAAUGAAGUAGGAGAAGAUUUCGCAACAUAUAUUCAGAGACUUGAGCAGUAUUUUUAUGUGCAUGCUACGGAAGAUACAGAUGGCUGUUUCCUAACGUUGGUGUGUAAAACCACUUUUGUGGUGCUUAAAAGUUUUCCUCAAGAGCCUGAUGAACUGGAAUAUAAGGACGUAAAAAAGAUUCUAAAGAAGCAUUUUGAGCCUAUCCUCAAUUUUUUUAACAGAAGGAUAUAAGUUUCACCUCAGAAACCAGAUAGAAGGGGAAAGUAUCUCUGGAUUUUUGGCAACCCUGAAAAAACUGUCCACUACUCUUUGUUUUGGUAAUUUUCGGAAGGAGCUCUCAGAUCAAUCUGAAUUAAGAGAGGUUGUUGGAUGUUGUGUGUCACAAGGAACUGCCACUAGAUGAAGACUGCUCUAUUUGAAUCCACACAAAAAAGUGCACCAAAAUUUGAAAAUAAAUUGGCCUCAUCAUGCCAGGCUGGAAAAAAAGGCCUCUGCAGUGGAUGAAAGAAACACCACCACUGGUUCAAACCUCUCACAGGAUCCAAACAGAACAGAGGGAACCCUAUUUCUGCUGUUUAGGGACACCACACCUGCAGGAGCAGCGUUUCCUUAAUAAGCUGCAGAGCAAGAAGCUCUUUAAGAAAGGACAUGUCAACAGGCUUGCCACAGUGCCCCAGAGUACAGCGAAGGAUCCAUCAAAAGGAAGCCACCAGCAUCUACAACUAGGAGCCACCAUCCUAGUUCGGUGCCUGUCAGGCUCGGAUGAAAGGAUGCAUGAGCUAUACCAUUUCACAGACCUGUAUGUGGUGGGAAAUGGACAGACAUAUCAUCCCCUGUAUUUUGUUAACAUAAAGGUAAAUGACAUGAUAUUGACAAUGGAAGUAGAUACAGGAGUGGCCAUGUCUGUGAUCUCUGGGGGUGGGAGGGUGGUUAACAAAAAAAAAAAAUUCCUUGGUUAAGAGCAAGAGAAACUAAUGUGCUUUGAUAGCUUUACAAUUAGGGGCAGAUAGGAGUAUUAGGCAGCCUCCCUGUCACUUGAAUUACAUAGAUAUCUGCUCACCAUUAGAGUUAAUAGUGAGUGAAGGAAUGUGUCUCCCCGCCCCCCGCACUGAUGGGCAUAAACUGGCUAUACACAUUUAAAUUGGAUUGGAGUGUGGUGCACCACAUGCCAGACAGAGUGAGGGAACUGAAAAAUACAAAGCUGUGAGUUCAGAAAGAGGCAUAACUGUGAGGCUGGUUGUGACAAGGCCUAAAUUCCUGAAGGCUAGACUUGUGCCAUAUGCUCUGUGCAGGAGCCUGUGGAAAAACAAACACUGAAAAAUUGCCAAUGUAAACUUCCCAGGUUUUUCUGUCUAGGGCAGUGAUGGUACACGAUUACAGGGGCAGGAUGAAGUGGGGGAAAACAGUGUGGUAAAGAUAAUAUGGGACCUAAUGGCACAUUUGCUAGAGAUAAUGAAGAGGUACACUGACUGUUACCAGAUAAAAACUCAGUAUCAUUACAGAAUGUGGUCUCUGAAGCAAGACGCGAUUGUUUGGGUUUUUGUUGGCUGGAGGAGGAGGAAUUGGUGCUGGAAGAUGGUGGCCAAGAGAGGAAAAGUGCCCCUGCUGGCAUGAGGACAAAGUCUGGAUAGCCCUUUCUUUUCCUGACGGGUACCACUGUCCACAGCCUGCAGCAAAAUGGUAGACUGCUCAGCCCUGCCCCCUACCCAUCAAUUUUUACACUAAUAGCUUGCAAUUCAAACACUGUCAUCAAUAUAACCCUGCCAGGACUGUGCCCAAAAGAAGGUCUCUUUCUUAACUUCCUCCCAGGGCCACAUUCACUGCUUCAUUCACUUUCUGGUCCAAUCUGCUUCUGACACACACAGACACACUGGCAGCUCUGUCACUCAAUCCCCUGAUUUUUGUAAUCAGUCCCAGGGGAACCCCUCUUGUUCUGCCCAAGUUACUUCUUUCUCAGGCCUUCUCAUGAAGUCUAGUGCCUUGGGAGGUGGCUUGUAUUGUUUCAGCUCUCUCUAAACCCAGGGGCAUUUAAUUGUUCCCCAUAUUUAUUGGGGAGGGUGGACGAGAAGACCCCAGAGUGUUUCUCCAUCCUUGUCAUCUAUGAUUUUCCUGCACUUGGCUAAUACCAGUGGAAAAUUCUUGCUUCUUCAAUGAGACUUAUAUGGGCAUUUUUGUUGUUGUUCCCAUGUGAUGCCAAUUGACUAAUUUUAUAUAUCACAAAGUGUGGUAAACGGUGGUAAAGUAUUUGUGUUGACUUUCAGGUCACAAAUAAUCAAGGAAAGAGUUUCUUGGAAGACUGUGUGAAGCAAACUUGCACAGGAGAGGCAGAAUAGUUGUCUGAGGUUUCAAGUAAAUAGAAACUUAGAGCCAAGGAGAAUUCUUUGCAUUCUCUUUUAGGUACAAUGUGUACAGUUGCACUAGGAAACAAAAACAAGGAAGCACUUUAGUUGCAUUGAACUAUUAGCAACUGAACAAAACAUAAAAAAGAUGGUUGAAAAGAGAUGAGUAUCUUGUGAAUGUUUUCAUACAGUCUCACUCUGGCAUGCAGAAAAUUUGAAUGCAGAAGGUGUACACAAAAACUGGCACAAUUCUCAGGAAAAAUGUUUGUCCAUGCAGCAAAAGCACAAGAGAAGGCUCAUUGUCAUGGUGCAUUGUACAUUUGUAAACUAAGCCCCUUAUGGUAAACACUUCUUUAAAAUAGUUAUUAAUUAGUGCUAAUGAAAUGUACUAGGACUGACAGCUUUGAAGACAUCUACAAUUGUACAGUUUAGGUCUGAGAAUUACCGUUAAUUUUAUGAAGAUGUACUAAAUACCGCCAUACAUUUAUACCUUACCCAUUACUGGCUUAAACAAGCCCAAACAGGUGACGGGGGAGACAAAUUAUCUGACCUAGUCUUCCUGAAAAGGAGUAAAGACCUCUCCUCAUUCACUGAAAACCCUUACCUGUAUACUGAAUUAAUAAUAAUUCCGAUGUUUUUCAAGGGUGUACAGGUGGGCUCCUUGUUACCAUUCUGUUUGUGAUGCCUUUGACACAGAAAUGGGAAACUAUUGUCUUGAAAUUAAGAUAGCUCAAAUUUUUAAGUCAGUUGUAGGUGCUGGUAAAGGCAACAUGGUGCUGGUGCCAUUUUUUAACACGUCAGCAUUUUGUAACUCAUGUGGGGGACCUUAUAUAUUAUUGUAAUUCUGCACAAAUCCAGAGCUAGGAGCGACUGGAAAUCAUGACUUUUGCACGUUUGAUAAGGUACACUUUCCAGUGUUGGAGGCUAGGCUUGUUUCAGUUUAUUUAAUUUCUUGGGAAUUUACCAGUACUAGGAACUCAUUUGUACAUAAUAUUGCUAGUAAUAUCUUGUCAUGAAAAAGUCAGCGGUUCCAUGCCUGGAACAUAUUUAAUAGUGUAACAUCAGAACCAGGUUUAACCUAACAUACCACUUUUCUGAAAGGCUUUUUGAACCCUGUUAAUUUUUAAAUAAAAAACACACUCUAAGCAUUGCCCAAUAUGCGUCAGCACCCACAGAGGAAAGUUUUCUGACUUGCAGGGCUGCCAGAGUGAAUAUGGGAAACCAAAGUAAAUUAUAAUCUGAUAGGGAAAAAGAUUAAUGGAAAUCUAGAAUUGGAGUUAAAGUCUAAACCUUAAAAAAAGCCACGUAUAACAUUGGCAUAUUACCCUAACUGAGGAAUUAAAUCCCAAUUUUUUUAAUUUUAGAUUUUUCUGUCUGCCAGCUGAUUUUCAGUGCACAGAUGACAUGAAAAGCCCUCUCUCAUUCUUCCUAAAACAAGUCCAGCUAAGGAGUCACAUUGCCUUUUUUCUGUCUGCUAUGACUGUAGACUGUUUUAAAAAAUUCAGGCUAAUCUUAGGUUUUGGAGCAAUAGGUGAAUCACCCCGUGUGGGUUCCCAGGCAGUUUCCUCCUCAUCUCUGCCCAAGACCCCACCGCUUCUGUAAAACCCUGGAUGCUUCCCGAGCUCAAUUACCUACUGUCUGCAGUCAGUUCAUGGUGGUGGGCUCCCAUCACAGCUAUAAUGAGCCAAAGCCUCUAGUGGCCCACAUUCACAGCCAUGGGAAGUCAAGCUGGUGAGCUGAAGCUCAGCUUUCCAAGAGGAGAGCAGGG